AUGGAUGGGUCUCGAAAGACAUUUUCUGGGGCAGAUAGAGCUUCUGUUGAUGACGACAGAAGGAAGCCUAAUGGAAACCCUCGUGAAGCACAGCAGGUAAGAGGUGAGAAAAGAUCAAACGGAGACGAGCAAGAUGAGUCUGAAGAAUAUUCAAAAAGGUCGAAAAGAUCGCAUAGUGAUAGAGAAUCAAGAGGAUUACAAGGGGACAACUCGUACGUUUCGUCUUUGUUCACGGCUAAUCCAGAGGUGAAAGAGAGAGAUUAUACCCAGAAGAUUGAUGAAGGCUUAAAGCCGUCCAAUGGUGCACUUCUCAACGAUGAGAGCGCUACUUUCAAAGCUUUGGGUGUCAACGAAGCGCUCUGUAAGUCUCUUGAAGACAAGAUGAAAUAUUCAAAACCUACGAGGAUCCAGAGAGCUGUAAUUCCUGCGUUGUUGCAAGAAGAUCGUGACUUGUUUGUUCAGGCACAGACUGGUUCCGGUAAGACGUUGUCGUUUACUUUGCCGAUCAUUCAGAAGCUUAUGGAUGCAAGUGAUGGUACUCUAAAUCGAAAGAGUGGUGUCUUUGCCAUUAUUCUUUCACCUACAAGAGAGUUGGCUACGCAGACAUACAAUUUUCUUGCCUCUAAGCUCUGUUCGACCUGUCAUUGGAUUGUUCCUGGCAUUGUGAUUGGUGGAGAGAAGAAAAAGUCAGAAAAGGCCAGGAUUAGAAAAGGUGUUAACAUCCUAGUGGCCACACCAGGUCGUUUGGCAGAUCAUAUUGAGAAUACAGGAAAUUUGGACUUGUCUAGAGUGAGAUAUCUUGUUCUAGAUGAGGGUGAUAGAUUGAUGGAACUCGGAUUUGAGGAGGCCAUUAGUAAAUUGUUGACUCAGUUGAAGAAGGAUUUCAGCAGGGUUUUACCUGCAAAUAUGAAUGGCAGCCUACCCUCCAAGAGAAUCAAUGUGCUUUGUUCUGCUACACUGAAAGAUAAAGUGCGUAAGUUAGGUGAAAUAUCUCUUACAGAUGCCAAAUUGAUUACCUCUCAAUCUGUGGACAGCUUGGGGUCCGAUGAAAUGAAGGCACCUGAGCAGUUGAUUCAGGAAGUUAUGGUUGUUCCUCCAAAGCUUCGAUUUGUGGCUCUUUCGGCCACGUUAAAAAAUUUGACCUCUGAGGAGCCUGUUUCAGGUACUUCAAAGACAAUCGUCUUUUUCUCGUGCUCUGAUUCAGUCGAUUUUCAUUUCAUUGCGCUGACCAGAACUGGUAGAAGACUGACGAUGGAAAAGGGACGACAGAAGCUUGAAAAGAAUCGUAAAAAGGGAGAAGACAGCGAUACAACUAAUAAAAUUACUGCGACUACGGCUCCCCUGAUCAAUCCUGACACUGUGAUCUAUAAAUUGCAUGGAUCUUUAUCGCAGCAAACUAGAGCUGCAACGUUGAAUCAUUUUUCUAAGAGUACUUCGCAUAAGCAUGCAGUUCUUUUCUGUACAGAUGUCGCCUCUCGUGGUCUUGAUCUUCCUGGUAUUGAAAAUGUUGUGGAAUUUGACCCCCCAUUUACGCUUGAAGAUCAUCUUCAUAGAGUGGGAAGAACGGCACGUGUGGGUUCGUCUGGUUUGUCUGUUUUAUUCUUGCUUCCUGGUGAUGAGGAAGGGUAUAUUAAGAAGAUUGAGCCUUUACAUGGAAAUGAUAAGGAGAAUUUGAAGUUUUUAAGCUAUGAGGAUGUUCUCAAGAAAGCUUUUAAGGAAGAUGCCAAGCCGGAACAUAAGAAUGCUGAGGAUUCUGAUAUCCCUACUCGUACAGAUAGGAAUAAGAAGAAGAUUCCCUUCAGAGAGGGUAAUUGGGAUACUCAUGCUACAACUUUCCAGUUGAAUAUGGAAAGAUGGCUUUUAGAAGAUGCCAGAUCGAGGGAGAUUGCAACAAGUGCAUUUGUCAGUCACGCUAGAGCAUAUACGACACAUUUGGCGUCUGAAAGAGACUGUUUCAACAUUAAAAAGCUUCAUUUGGGUCAUUUGGCCAAAUCCUUUGGACUCAGAGAAGCCCCUAAAAAGCUUGCUGGAAGAAACUCUCAAGAGCAUCAUAAGAAGCCACGUGAAAAUUCAAAGAGAAAGAUGCUUAGGAUGGCCAAGAUAGCUGUUGCAUCUCAAAGCUCGGAGUUCAAUACUAUAUGA